CCAUCCUUGUACUAAGUUUAAUUUGAGACCGGACAUCCAAACUCGGUUGUGUUUUUCUCUUUAACCGUUUUGCGCCAAAUGGCCCCUACUUAACUCACAGCUCAAAAACCUCUUCUCUCUCUGUCUCUCUCUUCACAACGUUACUGCCAGAAACCGUUUCUAGGGUUUCUCAAAACCCACCAAACCCUUCCCUCUCUUCCAAAUUCUUUCACAGAUUGCCAUAAAGUUCUGUAAUUUGUGCCACGACGUCGUUUUAGUGGGAAGUAGCUGUCAAAGUUUGAACCUUUUGCUCAAUUGGGAUUGUCAAUUGGUGUUGUUGUAGCUGCCCAUGUGCUGAUUGGAGCUGGGAGGGGCUUGGUUUUAGGGUUAAAGGUUGAAAGAUUUGUGGGGAUUGCUGUAAAGGGUUUUUGGAGUUCAGGGUUUUGAAGGCGUAGUGUGAUUUUAAGGGUAUUUGUUGGUGUAUUGAUUGGUGAUUUGAGUGGGGGAAGAAGGCAUUGGUAAGGUAAUAGGAUAUGAGUAGUGUAUUUAGUGAACAGAUACUUGCAGAUAAGCUCUCCAAGCUCAACAGCACCCAGCAGUGUAUUGAAACUUUGUCACACUGGUGUAUAUUUAAUCGGAGCAAAGCAGAACUAGUUGUUACGACAUGGGAGAAACAGUUUCAUAGUGCACAGAUGGUGCAAAAAGUCCCUCUCUUGUAUCUUGCUAAUGACAUCCUUCAGAAUAGCAAGCGUAAAGGAAAUGAGUUUGUUACUGAGUUUUGGAAGGUUCUCCCAAGAGCGCUUAAAGUUAUUAAUGAGGAAGGUGAUGACCAUGGAAAGAAAGUCGUCUCUAGAUUGGUUGGGAUAUGGGAGGAGAGGAGAGUAUUUGGGUCUCGCACAAAAAGCCUCAAAGAGCUAAUGCUUGGGGAGGAAGUGCCUCCACCAUUGGAAUUAAGUGGCAAAAAGCGCUCACGUUCAGUCAGAGUUUUGAAAAGAGAUUCGCGCUCUAUCAGAACGAAACUGUCCAUUGGAGGUUCAGCUGAAAAAAUUGUAUCGGCGUUUCACUUGGUGAUCAGUGAAAAUUCAAUUGAAGAUGCUGAGAUGAGUAAAUGCAAGUCUGCAGUUCACCAAGUAAGGAAGUUGGAGAAAGAUGUUGACAAUGUCUGUACUACUGCAAAGGAUCCAAGACGGAAAAGUUUAGCAAAAGAACUCGAGGAGGAAGAAAGUGUGUUGAAGCAGUGUUUUGAAAAACUUAAAUCAGUUGAAGCAAGUAGAGUAGCACUUGUAUCUCAAUUAAGAGAAGCUUUGCAUGAACAGGAAUCCGAAUUGGAAAACGUUCGAACUCAUAUGCAGGUGGCAGAAGCACAGGCAGAAGAAGCCAGCAACAUGCGGAAACGGUUAAAUGAUGACAAUUAUAUAUUUAAUCCAUCGAGUGCUGAUGCGAAUUCCAAAGGAGGACAAACACCUAAGAAGUCGGCUGCAGCCAUUGCAGCUUUGGUUGCAGACAAGCUUACUGCAUCGAGUUCCUCUCAAUUGAUUAUGACUUCUGUUCUUUCUACUUUUGCUGCUGAAGAGGCAAAGAAUGCUGGACUGACCAAGCCCUCCACCUCUUCCAAUUCUUUCCCAUCCACACCAAAGAGUUCUGGCACUGAUUCAUUGUCUAAACCUGAAAGGUCCAUUUCAGCUUCAGAUCCCGUUAUUUAUAUGUCAACACAGCUGACUGCUGUGCUGCCAAACCACGCAUACCAAUCAGCAAUGGUUCCGCAACUGCAGAAUCAUGUCCCAACCUCACAACCUCAGUUUCAUAUGCUUCAAAAUCCCUCCUCACAACAGUAUAUACAACCAUCAGGUAAUGUCAUGCCUCAAUACGUUUACGGGAAUGUUCCACCUUUGCCUCUAGGACUGCCACCACCCCCACAGCAUAUGGUAAGUCAUGUGUUGCCUUUGUCUCAGCAGCCCUUGCAAAUGAGCCAGCAACCAUCACCAAUCACGCAGCAGCAGCAACAUAUACCCUUAAUUCAGCAACCUCCUAGUUUCCGGCCACUUCAGCCGCCCGGAAUAGUGUAUUAUAGCCAUCCUCAUCAUUCUCAAUGAAUUUGAGUACUUUAGGUAGGCAGUUUUAACCAAUUUGAGCUUUGUUUUUGUUUUCAGGGAAAAAUCAUGAAAGUUUUGUUUAAUUAUGUUGGCUCCUUUUUCUGGGGUCAGCAUUUAGGUCUCUUUCAAGCUUGCAUCUGCUCCAAGAUUAUCUCUAUGUUAAUCAUUGGAUAAUAACCAUAUAAUUUUCUGAAACCAAGUUCUGGAGAAUUAGUUUGAAGCCUUUUGGGGAUUAUCCAAUAUGUACUCAGAGAAAUUAUAAAACACAUGUGAGUACUGCUUAUUUUGGCUAGUUGCUGUAGGUCAGAAUAUGUUAGAUAUUUACCUCUUCCCAGGCCCUGAAGGUUACUGCUCUUCUCCAGGCAUUGUACCAUCCCAAUAUUCCCUCAUUGUUUCAGCAAUAUUUACAUUUGUUUUAACCUUUAACUAUGUAUGGCGACCCUAAAACUG